UUCGCUGAAAUAGUGUUUUGUGGGCGUUUUAUCAGCAUUUUUGAUAAUAAUCACAGCUAUAGAAAAUGGACCGUAACAAACCGAGUUCUAGUGCACGGUCGACUAAAAAACAAAUCAGCUUGCCGCAAAGCGAACUGUUCGCUCUCGGUUCCAAAGCCACCAGCAGUUCCCGAGGUGACGAUGGCAAAGGCAAAACCGGCGUAGGCGGUAGCGUUUCGGAACGAAAGCGCGACGCAACGGCCGCAUUGGCGAGUGCAGCGGUGAAAAAAAUCAAACUAACCGCAGCCGGCGGUAGUUCGUCAUCGGCGUUGCCGCCCGGAACCGGCAAACCUUCGUCCGGCGGUGACAGCUCCAGCUCGAGUAGUGUUCUGGAGUAUUGGGAGCAGAUGGCAUUGGAUUGCGAUUCUGUGGAUCUGGUUUCGUCGGUUUUAAGUGCUAUCGAUCAGCAGGACAGUGACAGUGUGGUUGGUUACAUUUGCGGUGCGAUUAAGCUGCUGGUUUCGCCUAAAUCUAAGUCGGAAUCGGUGCUGUCGCUGUCGCUACUGUAUCUGGCUAAAAUAAGGCCACACCUGUUUUGCAACGAAACGAUUACUAGUGCUUUGAUUGCUGUACUGAAGCGUGACAGUCAAAAUUCGUUUAAAGGGCGUAACAAUCCAACGGUGCAUAUUCUGGCCUGUAAUUUGCUGGCUCGAGGUUAUAGCGAUAAAAAACAGUGGCCGGAAAGUUUGAUUCGUACUUACAUAGAUGAUGCGAUGAACGACCGUGUUUGGGUUGAUUACGAGGAGUGCGCCCCGUUUACCGACAAUUGUGUGGCUGCUUUCGGAACGAAGAUUCCACCGAAGUGGAUGUUGCAGCCGGAACUCAGUACGCUAAAUCCGAGUGCCAGAGAUAAUCCAGCUUCGAUCGAUGAUGAACACUCGACAGAUAGUGGUAUGUUUGGUGAUGCCUUGGGGAAGGAUCCGGAUGCAAAUCCGCCUCGCUUCGCACAUAUUCAAGAGCAGGUGGAGAAAAUAGUAGUCGAAGCUGCCAAAGAUCAACUGAACCGACGGCAAGCACCCGAUUGUUCGACUCGCAACUUUUUGAAGUUUCUUUCGCUGGCUUGCGGGAUACCGGAAAUACGGGCUGUUGCUAUCCCUAGACUUGAACUAUGGAUUCACAAUGGAAAACUGAUGAAGCCGGCACAGGAGCUGCUGACUUUCAUAUGCUACAAUGUAACCGGUCAGAACGCGAAGGAUCAUGAAGUUCUUUCAAACCUGGUUAAGAUGAGGCUUAAGACGAAACCGUUGAUUAACAUUUUUAUGAUUUGUCUUAAAGAGAUGAUCAACUGUCAGGAAGAAAUCCUGACUAUAAUGCUGAAAUAUGUUGUUCAAAACGAGCUUUCGAAUGCUCGGAAUCCGAACAAUAUGGGAAUGUUGGCGACAAUGUUUCAGGCGAAACCGACCGAAUCUGCCACCCAUCUGGCGGAGAUUUAUCAGGAAUGUCUACUGCAGCGAGAGGAUGUACUGCGUACUCUUCGCGUGUUUCUUCGAGAAUUGGUGAAAAUGCUUCGCUACGAUAUCCAUUUGAUGGUGUUCUGCAAGGCACUGCUCAUCAACCGACCGGAUUUGACCACUCAAAUAAUGAAUUCGGAGUUUCGGGAUCGAAUUUUCCACUCGAUUGCCGAUUUGAUUUGCCUUUGCAUGUUUCUGUCGGUUUCACCGCAAAUCAGAGAAGCAAACGCAUCAAUCCGCAGCGGUCGGGAACCGAAAAGCUCUCCAGCGCUGACAACUUUUUAUCAGCAGAUGUGUUCUAUUCAAUUCGAUGCGCUGACUUGGAUGCACGAAGUGGUUCCGAUUGUCUACAAACCCAGUCCGAAUGAUUUUAAAAUAUCUUUUCAUAAAAUAUUGCUGCUGGACAGUCCGGAAGCUUAUGCCAAAGGAGAUCAGUGGCCUCCAGAACCGGAACGAGCUCCCAUGUUGAGAAUCGUUUCCGAGAUUCCUCUACAGCAGAAUUCGAUGCUGCGCAUCAUUCUCAUCGGUAUUACCAAGGAAAUACCUUUCACUAUUCCGGACACAAUGGAAAUUAUUGAGCAGUUAGUCCGCCGUGCCGGAUCGCUCCGUCACGUUGACUAUCCGCCAUUGGAAGUGGCCAACCUGGAAAUUAUUGACCUUUUAUUCAAAAUGUCUGAAUACCAUCACCCGGAUAACAUUGUUCUUCCUCCGAACUACGAACCGCCCAACCUAGCCAUAGCUUCACUUUAUUGGAAAACGUGGAUAAUUCUGCUCCUGAUAUCCGCCCACAAUCCAUCGAUGUUCGGAUCGUUCUGCUGGGAUCAGUACCCGAUGCUGCGCACCCUGAUGGAAAUGUGCAUCACCAAUCAGAUCGGUCCAACGAAAGCGACCGAAGAGGAGCUGCAAGUGGCCACCGCUGAGAAGGCACACAUUCUCGAAUUUGAAAACCAUUUGGCGUCGAACGUCAUCACCGAGCAGAACAGUUUGCUGCUGUCGCAACUAAUUCUGAUGGACCCGCGCGGGGUUGCCCGUCGACCACCGAAUCAGGUACUGGAACAAAUUCAAUCCUUAAACGUAACACAUCGGCUCGGCCAUCUGCUGUGUCGUAGCCGUAAGCCGGAUCUACUGCUCGAGAUCAUUCAACGCCAGGGUACUUCACAAUCAAUGCCAUGGUUAGCCGAUUUGGUACAAAAUAGCGACGGCGAUUUCAAUCACCUACCGGUACAAUGCCUAUGUGAGUUCCUGCUUUCCAAUUCAAGCACGGUAGUGGUGGAGAAUAGUCGUGAAGCCGAGCUACUGGUCUAUUUGCAAAAGCUGGUGCAGGAUGAAAACGGUGACCAUCAAAUGAUCUGUGAAAUUUUCGAAUACUUUUUGCGGCGACUUUCUUCCUUUUCGAUUCAGGCGCGACAGUCCGCGAUUCGCGGAUUAAAACUUCUAUUAAAGGUUUUUCAAGAGGGCACUGAUCCCGUCUCUAUUGAAAGCAAUAAUUCUGACUGGUUGCUGCGCUACCUGCCGAUGAUACCGCACUUUGCGUUCAUCCGCCCGAACGUAGUCCUUCAGCUGCGAGCCGCCUGUCAGGUUGAAAACAUCCCUCAGUUGGUGAUGGCCUACAUUCAAUUUAUCGCUGCCCAUACGUCCUUGGAUGCGGAACCUGACAUGCUGGACCACGUAAUGGACAUGUCACAUUUGAUAGUGGAACGUAGCACUAUUUUCUCGCAUAUAAUUCCCACCGCGACCAAUCAGAGCGAAGACCGCGUGCAAACACUGAACUGUCUGUUCGUUAUGUUCAACAACUUUUUGAUUAAACUUCGUGAGUACAAGAUCACGCAGGCCUUUACCGAGUAUCAGGACCUACUUCUGGUUCAAUUUACGGACGAAAGUCAGUGUCACAUACAUCUGAACAUAAUCCAAGCUUUCGUAAUUCUUCUGACGCAUUCCGCUUACAUCCCAAUGGCGGCUCAGAUUUUGGACUACUGGUUUCCAGAAGGAGCACCUCCUCCACAGGCGUUCAACAUCGAAACAUCGGAACCGGUGCAGAUUUUGCCGGAUUGGUUAAAGUUGAAAAUGAUUCGCAGCAAUGUCGAUCGAUUGGUGGAUGCUGCCCUGCUCGGACUAACCCCAGAUCAGAUUGUUCUCUUCGUUCAAAACUUUGGAACUCCGAUUAAUUCCAUGUCCAAACUGCUAGCGCUACUAGACCGGGCAGUUAUCGAGCAGUUCGAUGCAGUUAACAAUGCUAUUCUGCAUAAAACCUAUCUAACCCAACUGGUGGAGAUUCAGCAAACUAGGGGAGCGAAAAAUGGUCACAUUUCCAUUCAAGCUCUGCAACCGGACAGCCAGCCCGUCCCAGAUCCACCAGUACCGAGCGUGUCAGUGAUGGAACCGAUUGAAAUUGAUCUAGAUUUCGAUUCCUACCCGCCGGCGGAACCAAGCAAGCCAGUUUCAAAAACCAAGGAAAUUGAGGAAGCCGUCGAGAUCAUACUUACUCACCCGAAAAUCAGUAAACCAAACAUGGCAAAGUACCGAAAGUUGAUUCAGCAUUUAAAUGUCGCCAAAACGGAAACAUACACAGCCAACAAAGCACUCACCCACAUGGGCAAGCUUGUCAAAAGUCCACAAGGACAGUACUUGGUCCGCAACUGGGUACAAAAUGCGCAAAUGUGCUGUUUCUUCCGGUCACUGCUGGAGGUCGCACCGGGGAAAUUCGAAAAUCUCAACUAUUUGCUGCAUAUUUUGGAUGAAAUCAUAAAGUACAUGAAUCCAGCAACGAAUUCCGUUCUACUGGAGGUUCUGGUUAGCAAACGGCAGCAACUGAUCAAAUUUGCCCAAAAGGAUAACCCGCAGAAUCAAUCACCGCCUCAAAAUCUUAUACAAGUACUAACAACGAGUACAAUUUCCGAAGUGGAGAAAAAAGGAAAACAACAGCUGCGUCAAACCACCAGCGAUGAAAUGAUCAGCGUCAUUUCGACCAUGCUGAAGGACAUCAAAAUGGAAAGCUCCGAAUCGCAGUUCGACAAACGUGGCUUGCUGGUCGACUGGUUGGCCGAUGCCGAUUCGGAGCUGAUUCGAGUGAACGAAAAAAUACAGAUGGACUUGCUGUUCAAUCGAAAGAUACCGGACUUCCGACCGUAUUUGCUUUCGCUUGUGACCCACCAAGCGAGCUGGGCCACUUUGUACCAGGCAACGGAACUUUUGAUGGAACGCUUCAAUCUCGAAUACGAUCCGUCGUCCGUGCUGGACUUCAUUGACGCAAUGAACAGAAAUCCAAAACUAUGGCAGGGUCGAGACAAAGCCGUUCCAAAGCACGAGCAAGCAGAAUACAUCGUUACUUUGAACGAGCCACAGAUCAAAGUAUUUAUCGAUUACGUACUGGCCGAAGAAGAUCAGGAAAAAAUGUCCGUGCGAGUGAAGCUACUUUUGCAGUGCAUCGAAGACAAAUCGCAACACUUGACUGCGAUGGUGGAGUACGCCGAUUCCAAGAAGGAUUUGUCUUCGAAAAAGUUCCUCCAACAUCUAUACCUUAACAUUCCUUACAUGAAAUUUGCGAUGCCCCACAUCAAAGGUGUUUACGAUGCGGAUGUACGCGAUGCCACUGACUGCGUGGGUGAUAAAUUCACCUACUACAUCCUCACAACGAUCGGGUGCCUAUCGAAUCCGCGAGAUUUUCAACAAAUGUCCGCCGAAAUGGAACUCAUUGUAAGAAAGCUAUCCGCGUCACAUCCGGUCCUACUGCUGCGUCAGCUGUCGGUUUUAUCAACCAUGCUCCAGGGCAGAGCCCACAUGGACCUACAGGUUCUUCGAGCCGAGUAUCACUUCCACCUGUUUCAUCAAGUAAUCGGAAUUCUGGAACUGCUGCAGCCGCUCGUUUUCAACGAUAGCUACCAAACGGGCCUGCAAAACGCACUGGACUGCUACUUCGCUCUGCUAAAAAACCACGGCAACGUGAAAGAAACCUACACCCUCAUUUACCGGUUCAUGGAGCUUCUUCAAGCAUACAUCAGUGCCAACCCGCAAACAGCCGUUGAAUACAUUCAAAAGCACUGCGAUUUACUUAACGAUUUAGCCCUGCAGCACUACGAUCUGCAAUCCCUGCAACAGCUGGUGCAAGGUCUGUCCAUGCUCAAACAGUACCCCAGCAGAGCCAUCAAAAACGAGCCGGGCGAACCUCUGCCGGGAACUUCAAAGGAUCCGAUUUGCUUCGCCACCGCAUCACCAACGAAACCCAGCCAACCGGCGGCCACAAAUGCAGCAGCUGUCAUGAUGACACCGUACAUCAAAAACGAAGUUCCUCCGCAACACUGGCAGGAGCUGACGCAUGCCCUGCGCUCGCGCGAUGUCGAAGACAUCUCGAUGCCUCUGCUGGAAGUGGACGCACUAACCGUCAAACGACCGGCCCUGCUAGAGGAAAUCUUCGAUGAUUUAAUCCGUUUCUUAACCCACCCGACUGGAUCGAUUCGUCAAACCGCUCACGGACUGGUCACACGCUGGCUAAAGCAAAGCCCCGGAAAUGCAUCGACAAACAGUACGGCCCUAACUGCGUUUGUGCAGUGUCUCUACCACGAGGAUGUUGCCGUAGUGCAAUCGGCACUGGACAAAGCGACCGAGUACACGCUCUGCCUGCAGGAGUACGCAUCGGAGAUUCUAACCACCAUGUUCAAUCUCGGUAUCAGCAGCAAAUUGAACACCUACACGGCGAUUAGGCGGUGCGUACAGGCGCUCAAGAAGCAGCAUGCUUGUUGAGAGGGACGA